AUGUUCUAUCUGAUUCUGUUCGUCUACUUACUCGGUGGUCUGACCUUCAUCCCAAUCAUCAUCAUCACCAUCGGAGCUGGUCUGUACUACUUCUCACCACCAGUCAAACAGAAUGUCCAGAGCUUGCCAUCAUCCGAAUCAACACCUCUCAACCCUCAGGAGGAUCAAGAUCACAACACAAAGUAUGAGCCAGACUCAGAACUACCCAGACUAUAUCGUGCAGGCUGGCUCACAGUCAGGCAGACCUACGAACCUUCUCAAAACUCAGAGAGUACAUACAUGGGACUCAUCACAAACAGUUACAGGAACUUUAUGGACCAACGCUCCAAGGACUCGAAACGAAUUAAGCCCAAGGACCGAUUCUAUACGGUACUCAAACAGAACGUCCUAUUCUUAUACCAGGAUGAAGAUCAGGUAGACUGUACAGCUGCCAUCCAAGUCUCACUCUAUCACGUUGACCUCUAUCCUACUGGAUGUCCGGAUGGGGAAUUAUUCGUCAAGCGGAAAGCAAUCUGCCUCCAACCGAUCAUUCAAAAUCAUCAUCAUCAUCACACUAAUAAAGAAUCUAAUAAUCAAGACUCAGAAAGAUUCGAACAACCAGACCGAGAAUCAAACCAUCAUCAACCAGGCAGACCGGCUGCCUGGUUUUUGUUCACAAAGAAUAACCUCGAAAAGGAGGAUUGGUAUCACAUCUUACUCGCCUCCUCAAAACUAAACGGCCCAGAUUCAAAAGCUACCUUCCAAAAGGAUGCAUCCCUAUUCGACUCCGAAGAUAUGGCCAAAUUGCUUGAAGGAAUUGAUCAACAACCCGAUCCGAUCCCAAUGCGAUGGAUGAACGCAAUGCUCGGCAGACUCUUCCUAUCCAGCUAUCGAACUCACGCCUUGGAGAAUUGGAUUAUCGAUCGGAUCAUGAAAAAACUCGCCAAAGUUCAAACACCUACCUUUCUCUCGGGUAUCAAAGUUCGUGAGGUCAAUGUCGGCUCAACUACCCCAUUCUUCAGUAAACCAAUGCUCAAGGAACUUACUAUCGAUGGAGAUGCGAGCAUGGAAGUCCUGGUCAGUUAUAAAGGUGAAUUCCGGAUCACUAUUGAGACGGUGGCAACUAUCAAUUUAGGCGCCCGCUUCAAACCUUACGUCGUGAACCUGGUCCUCGCAGUCGUCCUCAAAGAGCUCAGUGGUACCUUACUCCUCAAGAUUAAGAGACCUCCAACCAACCGACUCUGGUUUGGCUUUACAGCCAUGCCUCAUCUCGUACUCGACCUUGAACCGGUCGUCUCCACUCGACAGAUCAAAUGGGCGUUGGUUUUGAAGCCCAUCGAAUCUCGUAUCCGUGAAGUGGUCAUGGAGUCUAUUGUUUAUCCCAAUUUGGACGAUCUCGUGUUUUUUGAUACUCAGCCAUACGCUCAUCACGGCGGGAUUUGGGGUGAUGCGGCCAGGAAAGAAAAAUCGACAAAUGAUCCUCAAGACGACCAAGACAGCUCAGAUGGAUCCGCUAGUGCAGAAGAUGCAAAGUUAAAGACUGAAUCGCCCUCGAGUCAUAAAAAGUCAUACUCAGAGCCACAUCAGCAGCCUGCUCGACAGACCACGAAAGCCUCACUAAACACUGCUCGUGAAGACAAUAAUCUCUCAAAGGAGACGAUGAGGCAAAGAGCUGUCAACAAAAACCCUGAUGGAUCCGAAGAGUCGCCUGAAGCAGUGCUGCCGACAGCUGAUGGAUCGAUUGAUAGCUCCCCCACCCUCUCGCUCAAUCAACCAGAAAAUAAGCGCAGUAGCUGGUUCUCAGCUACCCGCCGUCAGGAUACCAUAUCAACUCAAUCUAGCCAGGCUUCAUCAUCUCGCAAUCAUAACAAAACUCGUCCAGUCCAGCAACCGUCUUCCGAUUUAGAAGAUGGUGAUGCUGUGGCUAAGCUCCAGAAAUUCCUCCGCUCGCACCCUGAAAGCACCAGCUCCCAUCCUUCAACUCCUAAUCUGGAUGGUAAAACAAUAGCAGCCACUCAGCUGCCUCGUGUAUCCGAGCCGGCAGAAAUUGACAGCACAUCAUCUCAUCCAAACAAUCCUUCGGCAAAUCUGUCUGAAGAGCUUCAGCAGACCCCGACCCAACCUAUUCAGAGUUCAUCUCCAAAACCAGCUGAUGAUCUAACUGAGCUAGAAAACGCAGUUGGUUCUCCAUUAGCUCGAGCUGCUUCCACUCAUUCUUCUGAAGAAAAUCCUGCGCCCCUUCGCCGCCUUCCGCCACCUCCUCGUCAAACACUCCCAAGCACUUUCUUGCCACCACCAACACGAAACAUAUCCAAUCCACGGUCAUCAAACCCUACUACUCCCCAGGCAGUGACCAACCAAUCAACAUCUACAAACUCGAUUCUCAACCAACUGCGCACACGAGCAACGGAUAAGGAAGCGCUUGCGGCCAGUGUGACACAGGCGCGUGAUGUGGUAAUCAAGUGGGGUGCAGCCUGGGCCUCGAAGCGCAAAUCGCCUCAAGCCAGUCACAGUCACCCGUACAACAGCGGAUUCAACCCGAUCUCGAUCGACCAGAUCCAGAACCCUAGUAAGGAUAAGUCUCCUUCAAUAGAGGCUCAUUCAAACAACAACAGGCUGAACUCGUUGACUGAGCCUGUAGACAUGGAUUUCCCGGUCUCCCUCCAUGCGACCGACGAGUCAAGUACAGUCCACGCCUCCUCAAGUGACCCAGACCUGGUCGACGGCGACGAGGCCCAGAAAGCGAAAUCGUAUCGCGCUCAUCGGGCUCGGGUUGGCAUGGGCAAGGCCAAAAGCGUAGAUCUCUCCUCUCCGCAAUCGAACUCACAUCCGUCCCGGUCAACCUCCCCCGUCUUAGAUCAUCCCACUGCCCAACUCCGGCCCAAACCCAGCAACUCGAAACUUCUUGCCUCUCCCGCUUCCAACACUACCAACCCUACCGCCGACGAAGCCCUCGCCUCGGUCGGCAAACGCAAUCGAAUCUUCUCUUCUAAGGGACAGUUCAUUCCUGCGGCGCCUCAAUCUACAACUGGAUUAAGUCUCCCCUCUGCCCAACACGACGGCCGAUCUAAUCAUUUCUGA